AUGGACUUCCCACAAAAUGAGGCAAAACCUAUCCGUGCUGAUGAGAUCAGACAUGGUAAGCGUAGCUACGCCCCCCCCUAUAUGACGGCGGUCAAAAAGGGAAAAAGAGACGGUGAGCGAAAAGCUUUCGUUGUAGCUGAUCUAGAGACAUUAAUAACCGGCGAGGAGAACACGCAUAAGCCGUAUGCAGCGGGUCUCAUGCUUGUUCUCCCAAAGGAGCCUGUCAAGUACAAUAGGGUGGAAACCUAUUUCAGCGAGGACUACAACAUAACAAUAAACUCCUUUGAUGAAAGGAGUAGUAAGGUGCUUGAGGACUUUGUGUCCAGAAUUGAGCAUAUAGCUAAAGGUUUUAGGCCCGCCCUAACAAUUUACUUCCAUAACUUAGGAAGAUUCGAUGGGCUUUUCUUGCUAAAGCACCUGACGUCUAAUUGGAAGGGUGAGGUAAGAACUAUAAUGCGAAACAACCGCAUCUACGAGAUCAGUGUCAAAUCAGGGAAGAGAGUUCUAUUCCGUUUCCGCGACUCGUUGAAUAUGUUAAGGGGUACGCUUGAUUCACUUUCAAAGAAUCUAUGCCCUGAACUCGGGCAUAAAGGGUUUGUUGAUCAUAAGAAAGUGACUCUCCAGAAUCUGGAAAGUAUGAGGGAGGAAUUGAUAGACUAUUUGAGGAAGGACGUCCUUCUCCUUGGCGGUGUGAUGCAAAAGGCGCAAAAGCGAAUUUGGGAUCAACUCGAGGUUGACAUAGAGAAAAAGCUUAGCCUUAGCGCAUUGGCGCUAUACCUCUUUCGUCAGAAGUUCUACGAACCAGAUAAAUGGCCCAUCUACAUCCCAAACCCCAAUGAGGACAGGUUUCUGAGAGAAGGUUACUACGGUGGUCAUGUGGAUACGUAUAUACCAGUAGGUGAGAAGCUACACUACUAUGAUGUAAACUCGCUUUAUCCUUUUGUAAUGAAGGAAAACAUCAUGCCCACUGGGCGGCCUGUCUGGCAUGGGGAUUUGCGUGAGCGGGACAUAGAUAGCCUCUUUGGCUUUAUCCGGGCAUAUGUGAUCUGCCCGAGGACGAAGAAUUUCAAAAGGCCCUUUCUCCCCUAUCGAAUGGAAGAUAGGACUCUGGUCUUCCCGACAGGGAAGUUUGUAGGGGUAUACUUUAGCGAGGAACUCAAGUAUGCCAAAAAAAUAGGCUACACUGUAGUCCCAAUGAGUGGAUACCUCUUUGAGAAGGGUGAGGGAAGCCCAUUUAAAGACUUUGUUAGCUCUCUCUCGGAGAAGAGGAAAGAGGCGAAGAAAGAAGGGAAUGUAGCGAUGGACUACGUCUACAAGAUACUAAUGAAUUCUCUCUACGGUCGAUUUGGUAUAAACCCUGAAAGCACUACUACCGAGAUCUGCGACGAUGCUCGCCUCAGGGUUUUGGUUCAAACGUGUGAGAAGUUCAUAUACAGUGAGCCCCUUAGACAAAAUCUAAACCUCGUUGCUUACAUUAAGAAUACAAACCCGACCUCGGGGGAAUGGCGCUACAAGAAGAACGCGGCGGUCCAGUUAUCGGCAGCAAUAACUGCUUACGCUAGGAUAUACCUUUAUCCCUAUAUCUCAAGAGAGGAUGCUUACUACACGGACACAGACUCCGUUGUGGUGUCGCAUCCUCUCCCAUGCGAUGUUGUUUCUCCUUUUGAGAUAGGGAAAUUGAAGCUAGAAGACGAAAUAGAGAAGGGUAUCUUUUUAGCGCCCAAAGUCUAUUGGUACCAACCAAAAAAGGAGUCAACCUGUCUAAACUUCUCUACAAAAGUCUUCCCCUCGCUGCUGGUCUUUAAACUUGCAACUGCUAUCUAA